GCGGGCCGUUCUGUGUCGGGGAGGAGCUGCUCCUCCUCCUGGCUGCCCAGUUAGUGCUCGAUGCUGAGCGCAUGUACAUGUGCACUGCUGUUUGUUCUGUGUUGGUGUGUGUCUGUUUUCUGUUCAGUUUUUCUCCAGUCUUGGCGCUAAUGUGUGUCCGGUAGCCACGCCGAGCUCAGUUGGUCAGUAGAAAGCCGGACAGUACCGCCGGAGAGCAGUAUUAUCACUGUCCUUCACCUGCUCACAGACUGCAGGUCCAUUACGAAGAUGACAUGGCGUCCUCAGUACCGCAGCUCUAAGUUCCGUCAUGUGUUUGGUAAAGCUUCCACUAAGGAGAACUGCUAUGAUGGAGUGCCGAUCACACUCAGCGUCCAUGACAACCUGCUCUGCUCCGUUAACCCCCGCUUCAUCGCUGUCAUCACAGAGUGUGCAGGGGGUGGAGCCUUCCUUGUCCUCUCCAUCACUCAUACAGGAAAGGUUGACCCUCAUCACCCAAAAGUUUCUGGCCACAGAGGGAAUGUGCUGGACAUCAAAUGGAACCCGUUCAAUGAUUUCUGUAUAGCUUCCUGUUCAGAGGAUGCUACGGUAAAAGUCUGGGAUAUCCCUCAGCAUGGUGUGAUGAAGAACAUUACAGUUCCCUGGAAGGAGCUGCAGGGUCACUCCCGCAGGGUGGGGCUUAUAGAGUGGCACCCAACAGCCAGCAACGUACUGUUUAGCACUGGAUACGAUUACCAGGUGAUGGUGUGGAACCUGAACUGUCCUGAACCUGUGGUGAAGAACCCCGUGCGGACAAUCAGUGUCCACUCUGACGUGGUUCUGUCUAUGUCCUUCAACAUGGACGGCAGUCGUCUUGCUACAUCCUGCAAGGACAAGAAGAUUCGUAUCAUCGACCCUCGCACAGGGACACUCGUGCGGGAGACAAAUUGCAAGACCCAUAAAGCUAGUAAAGUUCUGUUUUUGGGAAACCUUAAGAUGCUGCUGUCGACUGGGACAUCCCGCUGGAACCACCGGCAGAUUGCACUCUGGGAUCAGGAGGACCUCUCUCAGCCUUUGUUUCAGGAGGAUCUGGACGGGUCCUCUGGCGUUUUGUUCCCUUUCUACGACCCUGACACACACAUGCUUUACAUAGCAGGAAAAGGAGAUGGUAAUAUCAGGUACUAUGAGAUCAGCUCCGAGAAGCCAUACGUGCACUUUCUGACCGAAUAUCGCUCUAUACUUCCACAGAAAGGGAUGGGUGUCAUGCCAAAGCGAGGUCUGGAUGUGUGUUCCUGUGAAGUUUUCAGGUUUUAUAGACUGGUGACAAUCAAAAGCCUCAUUGAGCCUCUAUCCAUGAUCGUUCCCCGCAGGUCUGAAUCCUAUCAGGAGGAUAUUUACCCCAUGACGGCUGGGAAGGAGCCUGCCAUGACAGCCGAGGAGUGGCUGAGCGGGAUGGACAAAGGUCCUGUGUUGAUGUCUUUAAAACCGGGCAGUAAGUUGGAGCCGUAUGCCGACCUAGGGUCAGUAAAGGCCCCCAGUGUGUCUGCUGACAGUCAGCGGAGUGUGAGCCGUCCAGGUCCUCUCCAGUUCAGCCUCAUACAACAGCAGCAGCAGCAGCAGCAGGAGGAAAGGGAGAGCAGAGAGACCUCCACCAAUGCCCCACCGCAUGACAGGAGCUCCAGCACCAUCACCAACGGACAGAGAGACUUCACUCACUGCUCUCCGCCCAAAACAGAGAAUGAGUUGCGGCAGAUGUUCUAUAAGCAGCAGGAUGAAAUCCGGAGGCUGCGGGAGCUGCUGAACCAGCGGGAUGUUCGGAUAAAGCAGCUGGAACUCGAGAUCAAAAACGUCAAGAACGUGCAGAGCUUGCGCUGAGGAUACACACACUGAGAUACACCGAAACGCACCACGACCCAUCCUGCACACACACACCCUCACACUUGACCACACCUAGACGAGCUGAGUGUGUGAGGCACAUAGGCUGAACCCCGUUAACCCUAAAGCAUUCCUCACUAGACUUUUGUAUGGCUUUGUGCAGAAAAUAGAACUCAGCGCGUUUGUUUUAAUGUUUAUUUUAUUUUUUAUUUUUUUUCAAUUUGUUGCUUUCGUUUAGAUUUGUUUUUAUGCCUCAGAGCUAUGCAAUUUUUUUGGCAUGUGAUGAUCCUUUUUGAAAUGUACUUUUUUAAUUUUAGGGAAAAAAAUUGUGCCUGUCUUACAUGAUGCGUUUAGUGAGUGUGAGUGUACAAUUGUGUGUGUGUGUGUGUGUGUGUGUGUGUGUGUGUGUGUGUAUGAGCAUUUGUUGAAUAAUCAUUGGGAAGAAGGGACGUAGAAUAUAUAGCAUAUAGAAUGAUUGCAUAAUACACUGAAUGUUUCUCUUUGCAGAUUAAUUUCUUGAUUCAUGCUCCUCCCACAAAAGUGUUUUGGUUUUUAGCUACUGUUGUUUGACUGAGUUUGGACGAGCUACCAAAAAUACCACUGUAAAAAUGUCGUCCAGCCUAAGGAGAAACCAUAUCUCCUAACUGUGUAUGAGAGACUUUGCCUGGCUUAACAGCUCAGCUUUUGUCAGAAGCUAGCUUCUGUGGCGUGGCUGAGGUUACUGUAAAAGAUUUCCGCACAUUUUUCUCAUCCUACUGACAUACAUACCGACAUUAUGGCACAAGACAGAAAACAUAGAAUGUAGUCGAGCUGCAUUAGUAUAGUCAAGCUACUCAGAGACAGAGAGAGAGAGAGAGAGAGAGAAACGACACCAGAUCUAACCUUAACAAUAAGACUUUUCACACGCAUACAAAAUAAAUAUCAUUUCAAAUUAAUGACAUGCUCUAAAUAUAAGUAUGAUAAGUGAUAAAAACUGAGUUGUGUUCUAGAGUUUCUCAUUAGCUUAAAUGGGGAUUUUUACCAGGGUUCUGUAAUGCUCGUCCCACAUCACAACAGUAGCUACGAAAGAACAUGUUUGUGGGCGGAGCCUGAAAAGUUUGAUUUGCUAGUUGAACUGCUGUAUGAUGUUAAUGGGAUGACUGAUUAGUGGAAUGGAAUAUAAUGAGUUUAACACUGUGUCUGUACUGAGGGAAAGAUUGAAAGCUGUUAAACACUGAAAUACUGUCUGUGGCUGAAUGAACUGCUGGUGAAAAAGCCAUCUCUCUGUACGGGUAUUGCACAUCGUCCCACGCGCUUUAUUUCUCUUUUAUUUAUGACUUGUUAUUAUUUUUUUUUUUAAAGACACUGGAAAAGAGAACAAAAGAAUAUUAAAAUGCCUGGAAUCUAA